AUGCUUGUUGGGCAGCAAGGCUACGUCCCUGAACCAUAUUUCCUGACGGAAACUCUCCGAAGCCAGGCGAGAUUCCAUGAUCCCUUGCAAAAUUCUCUUUUCUCCCAUUCUGGAUCGGUUCAGGGCUUCAGAGAAUGGAGUUCUGGAAGCGGCCGAAAUAGCCCUUCAGGCAAUGGGGUCGACUCCCCGUUAGUAGGUGAUAUUCAUUUACCUACCCUUCCAAUUCGGUCUUCACAGCCCAUUGGACACGCCUCGACCUUAGCUCCUAGUAAGGUUAAAGCGCCUAUUGAACAAGAGCAUCCCUCGUCGAUUGAGGUUUCACCUGGAGUUCAUGAAGCAAAUAUACCCAGUCUUGUCACACCACGCAGUGCCGUACCCGGUACAAGCGGUAGUAGGUGUAUUCGCUAUGCUAUCCUAGAGUGGGAAUCGCUCCUGGAUAGCAGCAAUGUCCAGAUGGAGGACUGGAUUAGGAUCGCAACUGAGAUAGAGCUCAACUACGCGACGUUUGAUGCCUUUGUCAUUCUACAUGGCACAGACACAAUGUCUUAUUCCUCAAGCGCUUUGAGCUUUCUGCUUGAAGAUCUCGGAAAAACAGUGGUAGUAACCGGCGCCCAAAUACCCCUUUCACAACUGCGAAAUGAUGCCACGGAUAACUUGAUGGGGGCACUGACCAUUGCUGGCCAUUAUAUCAUUCCAGGUCCGUCUUCCUGA